CUCUCCCCAAGACCCUCCCUCUUCGGGUAGGAGGCUGGUUUCGUACUAAGGGUCUCGGACCAGAUUGUUGUGAAAGGUCAGAGAUGCCCAGGGUCCCUCAGGCCCCGUGGCUUCCAGGACCAGGGCCCUUAGGGCAAGGCAGCAGUAUGGCAAAGAGCAAACGACAGCCCUGAUCCUCGGCAAGCCUUCGCCUUUGCCCGUCUGCGCCCCGCCCUGCUGAAAGUAGUUUCCUGGCACAACCCAACCUGGGACAAGGAAGGGGCGGUGGACCCGAGAUGGCUGUCGUUGGUAACCCCCGCCUGAAUCACAGCCCAGGAGACUGGCCAGAAGCCAGCUCCAGUCUGGGCCAGGCUGGGCAGGUACAGCUGCGCUGGGCGCCUGACCGGCGGGGAGCCUGUGUGUGCCCUACGGCUGUUGGGGAAGCCUGCCGAACCUGGGGGCCCCGCCUCCCAGCGCAUCCGGCCCCUGCCCCCGGGCAGGUGCAUCCUCUCCGGGCGCCGCUUCCUGCCUGUGGCCUGAGUGAUGUUGAGCCGAGCUCCGCGUCGUCGGGUCCCAGGGUAAAGCGUGGGGUGAGAAAAGGCAGAAGGGAUCCCCACAGUCUCGAGUUAGGCCCGGGGCAGGCGCAAGGCCUCGAAACUCCUGGGCGGGGAGGCAAAGUCCGCCCGUGUCCCUCCCCCGUCCCCCAGGCAGCUUCGGUCAACAGUCCCCGGCUCGCUUAUCUCCCGCCGCCGCUGUUUGCCUUCGGGGAGGCCCUCGGCAAGGCUGGGGGAUGGUAAGAGAUUGGGGAGGGCAGCCUAGCUCCCAAGGCCCGGGACCAUAACCGGCCUUUCUGUGCCCCACCCAGGACCCCCUCCCCACCACAAAUGCGGGUCUCUGGCUUCUUCACGACCCACGCCUCCCCAGGGUGAUAUCCUCGAGUGCAGGUAGGAAGGGAGCAGGAGAGGGGGGAGGGGGAACAGCGCGUGGCUGCCCCCGCGAGACCCUCCUCACACCUCGAGCACCCACUGGCUGCGCCCCCGCCAGCCUCUCAGCUGCCGGGUUUGAGUGGCACGGCGCCGCCCCCGAACUGCUGCUACUGCUUUUAGAGUGGGGGGGGAUGGGAAUAAAUGAGUCGCGACUGAGGCCUGGGGGGGAAGAACACCUAAGGAGCCCCCUCACCCCCUUGGCGGUCCUGUAGUCCGCUCAGCACGUCUUCCACCUGCGCGCCCCCAGCUUCCUACGGGGACUAGGCGGCACGAAGCCUUGCCACGUUUUUGGCCCUACCUCAGUCCCCAGAACAACCUGUCUU